GCGGGCCGGCGGGCGUUGGAAAUGGCCGAGACGGUGGCGGACACCCGGCGCCUCAUCACCAAGCCGCAGAACCUGAACGACGCCUACGGGCCGCCGAGCAACUUCCUCGAGAUCGACGUCUCCAACCCGCAGACGGUCGGCGUGGGCCGGGGCCGCUUCACCACCUACGAAGUCAGGGUCAAGACAAACCUUCCUAUUUUCAAAUUGAAGGAGUCUUGCGUCAGGAGACGAUACAGUGACUUUGAAUGGCUCCGAAGUGAACUAGAAAGAGAGAGUAAGGUUGUUGUACCUCCCUUACCUGGAAAAGCUUUUCUCCGCCAACUGCCUUUUAGAGGAGAUGAUGGGAUAUUUGAUGAUUCUUUUAUAGAGGAAAGGAAGCAAGGGCUUGAACAGUUCAUAAACAAAGUUGCAGGCCACCCUCUGGCACAGAAUGAACGAUGCCUUCAUAUGUUCUUGCAAGAUGAAGUCAUAGACAAAAGCUACACACCAUCCAAAAUAAGACAUGCUUGAAUACUGCACAACACUUAACUGGCAUAAAUGUUAGUGAUUAACACACUUGGUCUAAGACUUCUAGCUUAAGGUUUUAGCAUGCUGCAGACAAACUGGCACAAGAAGCCUUCAGUAUACUAUCAGCACUGCUUGGUCUUUGCAUUCAUUUUAUGGCAUUAAAGAACUCUAAGUAAAUCUUUCAGUUUUUGAUUAAAUGUCUUUAUAUAAAAAAGUCCAAAUAUUUUGAACUUCUUCCCUCUUUUCAUUUGCAAUGACCUUGUGAUGUUUACUGACUUGGCCUUACUCAAACCUGCACUGUUCUAGUGUUGCACGUUCACUUGUAUUUGAUUAAGACACUAGAAAUUUUCUGUAAAAUAACUCGUAUUCAACCUGCAAAUCUGAUAACUAACAUGGUGCAUUGUUUUCACUACCCCUUGUGUAAAAUAAGCACUUCUGUAGUUGUAUUCUCAAGGUGGGGUGGGAGGGAACCUUUGUACUGAGAAGCAAUGUGGGAGCUAUCUUUAUAUUGUGUAAAAAGAAAUCAGAUUUGUAUACUAAGAUCAUUUGUCUAAAACUGUUUUGAAAUAAAAACAAAAA